AUGGAAUUAAGAGACAAAACGACACAAACGGUAGAAGAAUCUCGAAAAUGUUUUGGUCUAACAAUUGGAAAAUUGUUCAAUUUUAUUUUGUCAUUAUUUCUUCCAUUAAUGUUAGGAAUCUUUACUGUUGUUGUAACUCUUAAUCAACAAUCAACAGCUGCAAAACAACGAUCAGAAGAUCGUCAAUUAGCUCGUGAACAAAGAUUAGAAGAUCGAAAUGAAACUGAUCUUCAACGUGCACAAGAACUUUAUGUUUUAACAAUCCAACAAGAAACACAAAUGAAAGCAAUUAGCGAACAAUACAAAGAUGAAGUACUUUCGACUUAUAUUAAAGAAAUCGGUGAACUUUUAGAAAAAUCUAAUGGUUUAUUAACAUCGAAUAGUUUAAUCAAUACACUUUCACGAGUAAAAACACUAAAUGCAAUUCGACAGUUAGAUGGAACACGUAAUAUACAUUUGAUUCGUUUUCUUUAUGAAGCGAAACAAUUCACUUAUUCAGAAGAACAACCAGCAUUAGAUAUUUCAACAGCAAAAUUAAUUGAUAUAAAUUUUCGAGAUUUAGGAAGUUCACAAAGUUUAGAAAAUUCUAAUUAG